AUUUAUAUUAUAUAAUAAUAAAUAUGGCUUCCUAAGCUAUUGCAAAAGAUUUGUAUACAUAUACAAAUGAUGAAAGGUUCAGUAUCAAUUAAAAUAUCGUUUAGCUUAUAAUUGAUGAUCUAUUCCAUUAAAGGUAAUCAAGUAUGCAAAGAUCAAAGAAAAAGUUUUAAUCUUUGCAGAUCAACACCAUUAGGAAAGCAUGUUGAACCUGAAUUUUGCAAAGAUAGUGCUAUAUCAUUCAUUGAUUGCUUCUUAGGAGUGUAAUCAAUCAUAACUAAUUUAUUAGUCAAAGGAAUAAGAAGUGUCAUUAGCAAUUUUAGAAAGUAUUUGACAUUGCCAAAACUGGAUAAUAUGCUUAAGAAAGUUUGGAAGAUUAUUUGAAAUGUUGAAUACAAUUAUACAAUAGUAUCCAAA